AUGAAUGAGCCUUCGAAGGGGGAUACGCCUCCCGGCAACUCGUUAAGUCAAAAUAUAUGGGAUCAGAUAGUGAAUCUCACCAAUACCAGUGAGUGUUGUUUGUUAAUAGGCGAUUUUAAUGCGCUACAUCCUGCGUGGAGUUGCAACAAAUACAUACUGGAUGGAGAGCGACUCUUUGAGAGUAUCAUAAGAAGUGAUACAGUAAUUCAAAAUCCAGACACAAUUACAGGCAGGGAUGAGAACAGUCAAUCGAAUAUAGAUCUUAUAUUGUCAAAUAGCUCAUUUUGUGAAAAAAUGAGAGUGACCGAGGGUGACGAUAGCUGGGGAUCUGGUCAUUUUCCAGUUUUUACUCAGAUCUCAAUUGAAAAAUAUAUUUAUCGUAAGCACUCUUUCAAACUCACGUCAAUCAGAACUAAGUGGACCGAGCUUUGUGAGGAGCUGGACAGUUCUUAUGAAAGGUUCCUGGAAUUUGAUUAUGACUCUCUCUAUCCUUUAGAAAACUCGAAAUUCUUCAUCGACAAUCUAACCAUUUUAGUUAAAAAACAUACCCCUGUUAAAAAGCAAGUGUCUAACCGUGUACACAGAAAUCCAGUAUUUUGGUGGGCUGAAGAAUGUGAUAGAGCUAUAAGACUACGUAAAACUGCGUAUAAAAAAUGGCUUUACACAAUGAACUGUCAGGAUUAUUUUGCUUAUAAAAGACAAGAGGCAGCUGCAAGAAAACUGUUCAAAUUAAAGAAAAGAAUGAAAUUCAGGACCAACAUUGAGAACACCUUCAGUUCAAUCAGCCCCUCAUGGACCCCGAUAGAUCCAAGCUAUUGUCCUUCGUGCCAGGACAAUGAUAUAUUGAGCGCUCCCUUUGAUUUCGUUGAGUUCAAUAUGGCGGUAAACACACGAAAAAGUAAGUCGUCGCCGGGAAAAGACGGCAUAGAUUAUGUUUUACUAAAGAGGAUACCCGUUAAGGGUGCUCACAUGAGAAUAACCCCUUAA